AUGGCACCGGGCGGACUUGGAGCCCGGUGUCACUCACGAGCAGCUCGUGCAUAUCGGAUUCGUUUAAAAAAAAAAAUAUUUUUGUUUCUUCAUUUCAGUUGGAAUAUGUGAGACGGUAACUCGCACUGGCGCGUCUAGACCGGAGGGACGGAGGCGAGGAGCCCGGCACAGGGCCAGAGCAUGGGUUGAUAAGGACUCUCCUCUGCUGACUUCAAUGCAGAUGACCAGUGAUGGCCACAGCAUCACCUCAACAUCUGUUGGAUGACUUGAUUAACACAGGACAGCAACAGGAGCAGCAGCAGGAAUUCCUGAGCCUCCUGGAGACGAUAGUGCUCACCGUCUUCCUCUCCGUCAUCAUUGUCAUGACGGUGUUCGGCAACCUGCUGGUCAUCGUGGCGCUCUGCAAGGACAGACAUCUACGGAAAAAGAAGACCAACUACUUCAUCGUGUCGCUGGCGUUCACCGACUUGCUGGUCGCGCUGGUCGUGAUGCCCUUCGCCGCGAUCGAGUUGACCACGGGCCAGUGGCGGUACGGAGAGAUCUUCUGCCUCGUUCGAACAUCCCUGGACGUUCUGUUGACCACAGCGUCCAUCCUGCACCUCUGCUGCAUCGCACUGGACAGGUACUACGCGAUCUGCUGCCAGCCGCUGGUCUACAGACACAAGAUGACCCCGGUGAGAGUGGCAGUAAUGCUCAGCAGCUGCUGGCUCAUCCCCACAUUUAUCUCCUUCUUACCCAUCAUGCAAAGCUGGAACGCCAUCGGCAUUGAGGACAUCAUUGAGGAGAGGCGAGUCUUGACGGGCGGCUCCAACGACACGAGCUGUGUGUUCCUGGUCAACCAGCCGUACGCCCUGAUCUGCUCUGCGGUGGCCUUCUACGUCCCGCUGGCGCUCAUGGUCCUGGCCUACCAGCGCAUCUACGUCACCGCCAUGACCCACGCGCGGCAGAUUGAGACGCUGCAGCGCGCCGGCUCCGCUCCCGUGCCGGCGACGGCCCCGGUCGCCAGCGGGAGGUCCUCCACCUCCUCGGAUCCCUCGGAGCACUGCCGCCUCAGGACGGUGGUUUCCUCCUCUCCGGAGCACGCUCCCAUGGCGAACAGCCGGAUGCGCGUCGAGACCAAGGCGGCAAAGACGCUGGCAGUCAUAAUGGGUUGCUUCUGCCUCUGCUGGGCGCCGUUCUUCAUCACCAACGUGGUGGACCCCUUCAUUCACUACUCGGUGCCCUGGCAGCUGUGGACGGCCUGGCUGUGGCUCGGGUACAUUAACUCAGGGCUGAACCCCUUCCUGUACGCCUUUCUGAACCGGGCGUUUCGGAGGGCGUUUCUGGUGAUCCUCUGCUGCGGCGACGAGCGCUACGCGCGACAGGGGAGCUGCUCCUAUAGACAAACCCCUAGGCCGUGCUCUGCCGCGUCGGUCAACGGCACAUCUAUGGCACUGAGAUUGUCCUUCCUGCCGAACCGGAGCUACAGUGACAACGGGCAGACGAUCCUGGCCAGCGAGCGGGAGUCCCAGGACUCUGCCGGAGCUCAGUGAGGGAGGAAGACUCGGCUGUGGUCCAUCUUCAGGCUGACGGGGCCGAGGACGUUUGAGUUCUUGGCCUCUUGUUUUGUCACUCUGCUGUCAAUGCAGCCCUGACAGGUCCAGUGGAGAGGAUGUCGUCCCCCCCCCCUGGACUUUCACUCCGCGGUCCAGCGUCGUCAGCGUUUAACGUGACUUUGUAUGAAUGUCGAUCCCGUCAUAGGACGCCAUUCUACAAUCCGAGGGAGAAAAGGUUCUUCUCAGUCGGACGUCCGGGUCAUCGGAUGUGAAGGUCGAGUCAGGGGUCGAGAAACUAGAGCAAACCACGAAGUUAAGCUGAAGCCAGAGGUCUCUCGUCUGCAACCUGGAAUGGGCGUCAAAGCCAUGUUGGAAUGGAAAACACAACAUAUAACAGCGGUAGCUGUCACGUGCAGGUCAUUUUAAAGCUGCAUACCUUUUUACCAGCAUCCCUUUGUCUUUAAGGGGAUUCCUCAACACUCAACCUGCCUGACGCAGCAUCGAGGCGUGAACAGUUUUCUUGGAAUCCGUCAGUCCCUCCUCAGUUUUCAACUCGCUGUGAACACAAGGACUGAGAAUGAAAUAAAGUCACUUUAUGUUUCUCCGUUCAUCUGUGAUGAAACACAGAUCGACUGCACCGUGGCACAAAAUGUUGCACUUAACGUGGGUCGAAAGGCCACAUCCAACCGCGAUGUCGCGUCAACUCCCCGUGUAUAAAUCUGUCAUUUCAUCAUCGCCAUCCUAGAUGUCACAAUGUACACUGUACUUUUUUGUUACAAAGUAGUGAAAACACACGCUGUGAGACGUGUAACUCAAUAAGUGAAUGUCUCUGGAGAGAAACAAAAAAAACCCCCACUGUUGUCUGAUUAAAAUGAUUGUGAAAUGA